AUGGCGGUGAAGAAGAAAUUAUCUUGGAAAUCAAUAAUGGUUGCGUGUUUCCAGGAUCCAGACAACAUAUGUUCAUCAAAAAAAGCAAAGAAAAAUGAUGGUGGUGUAAUAACGAAACAGAAAUCAUUCCUUGGAUUGUCAGUUCUAGACAUAAGUGAUCCAAGUUCAACGACCUUGUCUGAAGAUCUCUCAAUCUCUCUCGCCGGCUCCGAUCUCCACGUGUUCACACAAGGUGAGCUCAAAGUCAUAACACAAAGCUUCUCUUCCAGCAACUUCCUUGGCGAAGGAGGGUUCGGUCCGGUUCACAAAGGGUUCAUCGACGACAAACUUCGUCUUGGUCUUAAGGCUCAGCCAGUCGCCGUGAAACUUCUUGAUCUUGAUGGUUUUCAAGGUCACCGUGAGUGGCUGACGGAGGUUAUAUUUCUAGGGAAGUUAAAGCAUCCGAAUCUCGUGAAGCUGAUCGGGUAUUGCUGCGAGGAAGAACAUAGACUUCUUGUCUAUGAGUUCAUGCCUCGUGGUAGUUUAGAGUCUCAACUAUUCAGAAGGUGUUCCAUAUCGCUGCCAUGGUUAACGAGGAUGAAGAUCGCUCACGGAGCUGCAAAGGGUUUGCAGUUUCUCCAUGAAGCAGAGAAACCCGUCAUCUAUCGCGAUUUCAAGGCCUCCAAUAUCUUGUUAGAUUCUAAUUAUACCGCAAAGCUCUCAGACUUCGGGCUAGCCAAAGACGGACCAGAAGGUGAUGAAACGCAUGUAUCGACACGAGUGAUGGGAACACAAGGGUACGCGGCACCAGAGUACAUAAUGACAGGUCAUCUAACGGCUAAGAGUGACGUGUACAGCUUUGGGGUUGUGUUGCUAGAACUCUUGACGGGUCGGAGAUCGGUAGACAAAAAGAGAUCAUCAAGGGAACAAAACCUAGUAGAUUGGGCUCGUCCAAUGCUUAACGACCCACGAAAACUCGGGAGAAUAAUGGACCCAAGGCUAGAAGAUCAGUACUCAGAGACGGGAGCACGAAAAGCAGCGGCCUUGGCUUACCAAUGUUUAAGCUACAGACCAAAGAACAGGCCAUGCAUCAGCAACGUUGUCUCAGUUCUACAAGAGAUUAAAGAUUACAGCGAUGAUAUUCCCAUUGGGACAUUCACUUACACGGUCGCUCCCUCGCCUACCAAGGCAACCCUUGAUGUUAAAGAGAGAAGUGUUCAAAAUUGCGACAACCCUCGUAACGGUCAUAAGAGUGAUCAACAUCAUAAGUUCCGGUCGCAGGCCCAUACGGCACGAAACCACCGGUUAACUUUGAAAAACGGAUUAAAUUCACCGAUGCGUAACGAGGCCGGAGGGGAACGGUACUGAGUUUCUCUUCUGUCCAUUUCGAAAUUAAAAACAAAAAACAAAUGUAAUUAUAUUUUUCGGUCGUAAAAAAACCAACAAAAUUCUAGAGUAGAUUCUGCUUUUUUUUUAACCCUUUAUAGGUUUUGUUUAGAAGCGUAUA